AUGAGUGGUGGAAAGAAAGCCAAUGUCACCGUGGUGCGGGGUGCUGAAGUGGUGUCUCCAUCAACACGUAUCGCAAUCAGAGAGAUCUCUUUGGAUGAGCAUCGCAGUGGUUGGCGAGAACCUGAUUCAGUGCGGAUCAAGGAACUCGUGAAGGAGUUUCGGGAGGGCCGUUAUGGCCAGGCUCUGUUCAGGAAUAUCCGCCUCUUGCAGUGCAAGGGGAAGCCUAUGCAGGACGAUGCCCUCAAGUGGCUUCUGGAUGAUGGCUACAGCAGUGUGGCUGCCCUGGUGCAGGUGCACGAAGAAUGGGUGAAGCUGGGGGAGCCAUCCGUGGCCACAUCCUCCACGACCUCGGAGGCCACAGAAGCAGAUGGCAUAGUCUUCAAUGCCAUGCUAUUGGAUGUGCUCAAGAAUGGCAUUGUGUGCGAUGUCGUUCAGUAUCCUUCCGACAAGGCUGGUUUGAGCAAGAGGCGUAUGUCUAGUCAUGUGAUACUGUGCCAUGUGUCAUGUCCAAACACCUGGACUGAGAUCUUGCAGGAGGAAGAAAUCUUCGAAUUGCGAAGUCAAACAAAUGCAGCCCUUCAUGAUGAAGACAACAACAAAUUUGCCGCCACGAGCAUUCACACGAAGCUCCAGAUCGUGAGCCGAGCCUUUGCGAAAAUCCCCAACGGGCACAAGGAUCCCUACAAGGAGGUUCUGAACUCCUUGUUGUCGAACUUAGGCCGGGAGGGGUUCGUGCUGCAGCACGGGGCGAAAAGCCACUAUCUCCAAGUGGACCCGAUGCCACAAGUCUUUGCCUGCGGAAAUCCGCCAGUUCCACAAAGCUAUGUCUUCGACAAUGCCUGGUUGAUGGGCGAUGGCGUCCGGAGCCGGCAAAGGCUGACGUGGCAUAGUGCCGUAGUUGGUCUGGAGCUUCUUGUGCGAGAUCUCACGGAGAAGUCUGUGCCCAUGAAUGCAGAUCUGUUUCAGACACAGAUAUGUGCACCGUUGAAGACUGUGGAAUUGUGGGCCUCACAGGUGCGGACCACAUUUGGCAAGACGGCGACAGACCAUCCUGCCUUCGAUAGAGUGGUGACAGCCUUGCAGACAAAAUCUGGUUUAUUCAAGGUAGUGACGUGCAUGAAGAACCAGAUGAGGCUGCAUGGAAUCUCCAGCGAGGCCCCCGGCAUUCAAGAAUGCCAUGCCCUGUGGGUGGAGUUGAGCAAAUUGAAAGCCGGCGGGUCCGAGUCCCAGCCAGUGGCCCAGGAGGGAACUGCAACUUCCAGUCAGGACCCCCAGACAGCAGUCGCUGCAAGUGGGACAGCAGAUGAGCUUGGUAGCAUGAUGCUCGUGGACCUGGAUGACGGCACGGGCGUGGUUGAGGAUCCCAUCGAGAUCGCGGCGAAGAAGCAUGCGGAUCAAGAAGCCGACCACGUGCACAUUGUCUAUGACCACGACGACCUGCUCCGGAAGGUUGAGGCCAAGGCUCCAGCGUCGGGUCGAGUGGUCUUCUUGAUUGAUGCACCCACAAGCCAGAAAAGUGUGACAAACACUUACAUUGACCUGGUGGCGAAGCUUGCCAUGAAGGCCAGCCUGACAAGGGCCUCGGUGGGCAUUAUUUGCUCCCAAAGGGCAGACCUGCUGUCCAGCAGUAUGGCACGAGCUCUUUCCGUGCUGAAAGACAUGCAGUGCUUCGUGGUCCAGUUGACUGGGGGUGACACACAAGCACAUUCGAAGAAAGCGGGCUUCAUGCUUGUUUUGCACAACAAGGAGGACAAGUCGGUAGCAGUGCCCACCUCGUUGCCUUUGUUGAAGUCUCGGGCGAAAGCCCUUGAAUGCACAAGACUCCGAUGCAUGGCCUCGGACUGUCCCUUGAGGUCGCAGGAUGAGCUGGCCACAGUGGUCCCGGGUCCCGGGGCCACGGUGGCUUGUGAAAUCCCGGAUGAAGACAAAGAGCAGGAGCAGUUCGACAUGAUGGUUGUUGAUGGCGUCCCCUUCGCCGACGAUGAGGAGGAGGCAGCCGAUGCCGGGACGAAGCGGGACUACAUCAUAGAUCUAUUUCCGUUUACAAGACCCAUGUCGUUCUAUGCCGGCGUGUUCACACAGAUCCUCGGCCAGUCCACUCUUGUGGUUAUCAUGAGCUCAUCUGCUCAUCCGGGGCCAGUGCUGGCAGCUCGUGCACAAUCCUCGCAAGUCGUCUGGCUUUUGGACCGGCCUCGCAAACACAGCGUAGCCCAUGGUCGUCAGAUCAUGCAGCGAUUCUGGAAGGUGAGUCAUGAAAGGUGGGAACGUCGGGAGUCGAGCAAGCGAAGCUUGCGGGUCUCCGACAUUCAAAUGAUAGAGGGACCCAGGCUGGCAUCGGAGAAGCAGUCCGUGGAAAUGCUUCAGGUCGAACGGAAAGGCCCCGAUUACUCAAGGCCUUUCCUCACAGUGGACAGCUGGCCUGGAGAACUUCGUAGCAUGGCGGUCAGUCUGUGGGAGAAAGAGCUUGUGAGCUGUGGCCUCUCCUUGCAGAACUUCGGUGAGCGAGGCCAGGGUUUGGUGACGAGGACUUCCAGGAGGGAGGCCGAGAAAAUCUGCGAUGCCACAAACUUGUUGUUCACGAGCAAGGCUGCCCUCACCAAUUGCUUGCGAGCAUCUCCGAAUGAGUACUUUGCAGAUUCAGUUGUGCUCAUCCGGAACGUUUUGGUGAAUGGGGAGCCAACAGACAUGUAUGCCCUCGUCGCUCCCAAUGCUGUGCUGGAUAUGCAGAUCGAUGGUGCUGAAUCAGAGAUGUACAAGCUCAUCCUGCGUGUAAGUACUCGCUCAGGCUCCGGCAUUGCAGCCAAUCAAGAAAUUGUGCUGAAUUAUGGGGUGCACUACGACAAGGACCUGGGAAACCCCUGGAUUGACGAGCAGACAAAGAAGAAGUACAAGACCACCUUGGAGACCUUCUUCAGCAAGGCAGCUGGUUUGGAGGAUUCGGAAUCGCUGAGUAAGUCAUUAGCAGUGGCUCAGCCUGCGGGGGCAAGGCCAAACCCUUUUGCACCGGCUCCACAGCCGCCUGUCAGUGGCGUGCCGGCCCCACAGCCAGUCCCGAAAGCAGUUGAGGGCGGCGUGCCAGCAGCGAAAGCCUUGCCGGUGCCAUCACAGAAUGCCUCGGCGAAAGCCUUGCCGGUGCCACCACAGGAUUCCUCGGCGGCGCCGCCGCCCAAGGCCUCGCCUCCGUCUGACCCGAACGUGCUGAAGCAGAUCUCGGACCCGCCAAUGGAGUUGAAGCUCGAGGAGGGCAGGCUUGUGAUCACAACCCUUUCGGAUGCUAAGCGCCGGCUCAAGCCGCUGACUAUUCUCUGUGAGUUCUUCAAGGGCAAGAUCACUCCGGAUGCAGCGCCUGGUGUUCCGUCCUUUCCAUUUGCAGUUUCUCUCAAGAGUUUGAUCCUUGAUGCUGGAAGCAACACCUUCAAGACCGUGGAGUCGCUGAUCAAGGAGAAGAAUCUGACACAAAUCUACAUGCACGAGCCCUUUCCUCAAGGCAUGCCUCCCAAGGAGCUCCAGCCUCGUGCAAGCUGCUUGUCAGCACCGCCUUGA